GAAGACGGUUAGUCUGAUUAGUCAAAGGAGAGAUUUUCAAACCAUGGAUUCUUCUAAAACGCAGAGAAGAAAAGUAGCUAUAAUUGGGGGAGGAUUGGUGGGUUCUCUAAAUGCUUCUUUCUUUGCAAGAAGGGGAUUCCAAGUAGAAAUGUAUGAAGCAAGAUCAGAUAUCCGUAGUUCGAGUGUAACUCGUGGCAGGAGCAUUAAUUUGGCCUUGUCUCACAGGGGGCGGGAAGCUCUCAAGGCAGUUGGAAUGGAAGAUCAGAUUGUGUCUAAAGGCAUCCCCAUGAAGGGAAGGAGAAUUCAUACUCACUCAGGGAAAAGAUAUACAAUUUUUUAUGGAAUAAAGAGCCAGUAUAUUCUCUCUAUAGACAGAGCAAAUUUGAAUAAGGAGUUAUUGACUGCUGCUGAGAAGUAUCCCAAUGUUAAAUUAUACUUUGAGCACAAACUGCUUCACUGCAAUGUAGACUCAGGGCUACUGACCUUUUCAGGACCAGACCAAAUGACUAAAAAGAUCACCUGUGACUUAAUUGUGGGCUGUGACGGAGCCUUUUCCACAGUGAGGAAGCAGUUUAUGAGACAAACACGGUUCGAUUACAGUCAAGUGUAUAUUCCACAUGGAUAUCUGGAACUGAAAAUUCCUCCAAAAAAUGGUGAUUUUGCAAUGGAGCCAAACUAUCUUCACAUUUGGCCUAGGAACACAUUCAUGAUGAUUGCACUGCCAAACCUGGAUAAAUCAUUCACCUGUACACUUUUCAUGCCCUUUGAUGAUUUUGAAAAGCUUGCCACAGGAGAGCAAGUGCUGAAUUUCUUCAAAACUUAUUUUCCAGACUCAGUUCCUCUAAUAGGAGAGCACGAACUGAUGCAAGAUUACUUUGUGCUACCAGCUCAGGCAAUGAUCUCUGUGAAAUGCUCAUCGUAUCACACUGGCUCUCAAUGUGUGCUAAUGGGAGAUGCUGCACAUGCCGUUGUACCCUUUUAUGGCCAAGGCAUGAAUGCUGGAUUUGAAGACUGUCUAGUCUUUGAUGAGCUGAUGGACCAGUUUCAAAAUGACCUCUGUGUUUGCCUUCCAAUGUUUUCAAAGCUGAGGGUACCUGACGAUCAUGCAAUUUCAGAUUUAGCCAUGUAUAAUUAUAUAGAGAUGCGGGAACGUGUGAAUUCAAAGUGGUUCAUUUUCCGAAAGCAUAUAGACAAUUGGCUUCAUGCCCUCCUGCCCUCUAUCAUCAUUCCUCUGUAUACUAUGGUAACAUUCUCCAGAAUCCGAUACCAUGAAGCUGUGCAACGAUGGAAAUGGCAGAAUAAGGUGAUCAAUAGAGGCCUCUUCCUCACCAUGGUAGCAGCAGCAGUGAGUGGCAUCUAUCUGUUCAGACAUGGAAAGUUAUCCAAAAUUGACUUUCGUGUAGAGAAUUUGUGGAGACAUACUUAAAAAUGGUGGAAAACUUUCAGAAAUCGUUUGAGAUAGAAAUGAAUACUUUCUUGGUCUUCCAAAUAUAAAAACACAUAUGAUGUAGAUGAGUGCUGGAUCCAAGACCUAAAUUCCUGUUCAUAUAGAGAAAUUCACUAUUAUUUUGUUAUCGGUGAACAUGUCACAAGCUGCUUCUAGAUAUGGAUAUGCCUUGCAUUUUAUGAUUGCUUUGCUAUCCUGUGUUUCCUUUGCAAGAAAUCUGCAAUAUCCCAGCUACAUCAUCAACACAUUUUGACAGAAGAUGCUAGGGCAUUUCUAAGACUGUUCUACCAUCUCAUCUUUGGUUCCCUCCCAUAAGAUAAUCAUUAUGGCAAUGCUAGGUGUUAUCUAAUUCAAUUGUUAUUGCAUCUUUUAAAAAAAAAAAAAUCAUAUAAUCCCGGAAUUCCAUUCUUCACAAACUCUAGUAUGGUGAAAAAAAAAAAUAAAGUUGUUGGUUGGGAUCCAGUUGUCUAUUUCUGCUAGAACAGUUUCAAUAAUUGCAAUAAUCUCCCUGCGUAUCCUCAAAAUAUGAUCUGGAGGGUCUUUCAGGUUUUGUGGCAACAGUGACAUUCAGCCUGCAUGAUAUUAGUUCCAUCCACAGUUCUAAAUCUCAAUGUCAUGCUUAAUGGAUUUUAAGGCAGAUGGUUCUGAGAGGGUGGUAAGAUUGGCGGGUUAGCAGGCAAAUGCCUGAAAAAUAGGGUGAUUAGGAAAAUACCAAGAUUAGGAAAGUUUUCAAGUCCACAGAAGUACUCCAAGCAGAUUAAAGAAUGGGCAGGCAUACACUGAGAAGCUCAGAAGGCAGUGGGCCAGUGGGAAGACACUGGGAAAAUUAGGAAAUGAGCAGGUCAGUGAGACAAUCCUAGAAAGAUGGGAGGCAGCCAAGCUGGUGAGAAGAUGCUAUGAUGAUUGGCGGGUGGAAGGGCCAGUAGGAAGCAGCUGAGAAGGGGGCAAAGUUGGGGGCAAAGUUGCGAAGAAUAGUGGAGCAGAGUACUAGGAAAAUUGGAAGUACAUUUGAAUCUGUUAUAUUUCUGAUUACAUACCUGAAUCUCAUUAUACUACAUAAUCCCAGCUCAGUCUUCUCCUACUUGCCUUUAAUUGAAUGAAAAUCCUAUCUGUUCAUAAUUUAAGGGGAAAUAAAAUUGAUACCAAAUAACCGCUUUCACAUCUCAGACUACUUCAACGCACAAGGCAUAUUUGAGCACAAAUUGAAAUGUACAUGAGAUUUAUUGGUAUCAGUGUAUAGUUGAGAAUUGAAAGCAUGGCUACAUAAUUACAAAUUGAAAUGGCUUUAAAUCAGUAAAAGGUUUAUUGAUUUCAAUGAUGCAUUAACAAUAUUUAUCAAGUACCUUAUUAAGUGCCUGGAAUCCGCACCAGACCAAAAUUUUGUGAAAAUAGACACAUCAUGACAUCACAAAUUCUGCUCCUUACGUACAUAUACAUGUAAUACAUAGCAGUGCUAAUACAAAACGGGAGAGUUUAAAUUGCAAUUGUUGUCUUGCACAAGUUCCUUCCCUGUGGAUGAUCAUGCCUAGCAUCUUGAAAACUGACAAAGUUUAAUAUACAGUGCUAAAGCUUGUUUUAUCUGGGGUUGCAUACAGCUUGCC